ACAGGUCAUAUCCUCGAUGUCAGAAUCCAGACGCAGAGUUCGACAUCAAUGGCUUCGCAAUCCAAAUGGUCCGUUUCUGGAUAAGAGGAGUCCUCCUCAUGGCCAACGAACGCCUAACCGUCAAAUAUGGGCCCAUAGCCUCGACGACUUUUUUUGGAUUGCUCGUAUUGUGGACAUGAAUGUCAUGACAAUCUGGUCACGAAGUAUGAUACGGGAAUUUGGAGAGAACUACGACGAUAGAGUGUGGAACAAGAGGGAGCCUCCUCCUAGGAAAAGAAAACCUUGGCCACUGUUAAAACUCCCUAAGCGAAUGAAGGCGGAGGGUAAGAAAUACGGUUUUGGAAUCGUCGAUCCGGGAUCGGACUAUGACUCUGACGGUGACGAAUUCGACUGUCAUACGGUCCUUAUCGACGUUGACUCCGAUAGCGAGGAGAAAACCAAGUCACUCUCCAACAGAGAUGCGUUUAUGAAACUUCUUGAAAAAGGAUUUAACAAAGACUGGCCGCCAGGUCGAAGAGAACUCAUUCGGGAGGCAUUAAGCAAGAGGAAGGUUUCUAUACAUGAUGGGUCAAAGCUUAUUGUUUUCAGGGAUGUCAGUGAAGCUUAUUUCCUCGCCAAACUGAACUGCCCUACGUGUUUCGACGACGGAACGCUCCAUUGUUCCGAGUGCACCGUUAAUCCCCCUCCAGUUAUCUAUGUCGUCCGCUAUGAUACACACAAACCGAAGUUCAUCGAGGACAGAAAAGGAAAGUCGACAGCAUGGUUCGCUGAUCCUAAUAUGCCGUGUGUAUUCAGCGCAGCCCUCUUACGUCUAGAAGCCGUUGUCCCAGAUCAAGAUUACCGGGACGCGUGCCUGCAGGAUAGUUCGCUCCUAGGAGUACUAGGGGCACCUGGGGCUGACAUCCUUCAAAUUCCUGAUGAGGAUGUGACAAGCUCGCAAUGUAAGACUUGCGAUAGGAAAGACCUUCCUGGGGAGGACACUACUAGACUUAUCUCUACCAAGUUUGAUAAGAAUGCAUUUUGGUUUGCGGAUGCGAAGGGAAAUAGAUUGGAUUUGGAUGACCUAGACCCGAAAGUGGGAAAUAACGAUCCGAAAUUCGGUGAUACUCCUGUAGUCACCCCCCCAGUGGAUGCACCUGACCCGCUGCUGAAGGGUCUCCCAGAAUCUGACUCACCAGAAAACACACUCGCAAUUGAGAAGAAUGGAACAAUUCAAUCUGACGUCGAAUUUGAUGGGGUGUAUCUUGCUGAUCCUGCGAACAAUGUCCAAGCCGUCACAGAUGAAAUGAGCAAAGGGAACAACGCAGAUUCAGCAGUCACCAGUGAAGGGUCCGGGAGUCCGUUGCAAACCAAACCUCUCAAUAUGCCGCCUUCCCUGGAGGAAGAAAUCCCACUAGAGUUCUUUCCCGAUAUACUAAUUGUGAAAGAUGCCGCUGGAGGCAUCAUUCGUUACCACUCAUCACAUCGUGCGCCUGUCGCUGAUGAGUACUCCUCUAUACUUGACAAGCCAGUCAAAUUCAGUCGAGUUCUGCCCUCUCCCGCAGACGAUCCCAAGCAACGAUCCUCUUCCUUGGCGCAAACAUUGCGCACGGCGGAGCUACGCCUCUCUUUAAGCUAUAAGCUGGGAAAGGGGAACCAUUCUGACGUCUAUCUCGUUCCGCUCAGAUUACCCCGUCCACUUUCUGCUCGGACUCCCACUGGAGAAGUUUCCGUUGCUUGCAAAAUGGCGCAUGACAGGUCCCGUAGAGCGCGAGAACUUCUUGAGAAUGAAGCGAGAGUGUACGCUUCGUUUCCUAGCUACAUGUUCGAAGAGUGGAAUGGUUAUAAUCUCCUCUCACCCAAAUUCAAAAACCCCGUUCCUGUCGGUCCCGUGGUCCCGAAAUUCUAUGGUUACUACAAGCCCAUCUACGACGCAGAGUACUAUGCUGAAGAUGAGAAGGAUCUGGAUGAAGAAUCUAAGAAAAGCAUGAAGGCAUUCAUCGAAGGACUGAGCCCUAUUCUCUUGAUGGAGCACUGCGGAGAACAGAUCGAUUCACGGGAAAUGUCUGAAGAUGAUCGGGACCAAUGCUUGUCCCUUCUAUAUCAAAUACAUCUUGCAAAUUAUACGCACCAUUCUGCUCACAUUCGUAAUAUUGUCACCCAACCUGGUCCGCUUACGCUCCCGCCACGGAGUCGCAGUCUGAAGGACCCUUCGUUCCGCAUGGUUGACUUUGGUCGCACAGUGCAUCUUUCCUGGCACAUCGAGCAGCGCAGCGCGCCUGUCGAUGAGACAGUGAGUAGGAAUUGGUUUCUUGGCCACGAUAAUGAGAUCCGUGAGCUGCAAAAAGAGAUUCUAUCUACGGAGUUUCGGUGGUAAAAUAUUUUGCCCCCGUCUCCUGUGCUGCUUUUCCAAGCUCCUUUUGUUAUUGAUCCACCCUCUUCAGACGUUCCAAUCCGACGAACAGUGGCUCUCCUAUAUUUCUUGGUUCACGAGUCGCUCCAUUUCUUAGUUUCCCAAUCACUUGUAGAAUAUAGCCACCAAAAGAUUUCUUGCUACAGUAUAGCCAUUGUGUCAUCUACGUCUUCGACACCGCCCGUCCGGGACGAGUGAGCGCAUAAUCACAUCACUUCAAUGCCGCAAGUUGAACUGUGUCCCAUCAUUCACAAGCUGAGGCUCGCAGCACUCGACGAGCGUCCUUUCGGAGGACGUGGGAUUGGUGGUCUGGUCGCUUCUGGUCUCGCUAGAAGUGCGACAUCUGCCCUCGCGGGUGCAGGGCUCAAUGAGAUCGAAAAGUUUGUUCCACC